AUGCCUUCUGGUAAAUCAGUCUCUACCGACAAGUCCCGCACCUACAGCGCAUCCAGCUCCUUCAACAUAACUGUCCUCAUUUCCGGAUCUGGCACGAACCUCCAGGCCCUGAUCGAUGCUUGUGGCCAAGCACCGCCCUCGAAGAGCCGGCCUACUCCGAAACGCCUUCUCCCGCAGGCCGAGAUCACACACGUUAUUUCAAAUCGUCGCGAGGCCUACGGCUUGACUCGUGCUCAAGAUGCCCGCAUCCCUGUCACGUACCACAACCUGGUGGAGUACAAGAAGAGAUAUCCCGAAAACGUACAAGCUGCAAGGAAUCACUACGACUCUGAUCUCGCCCAAAAGAUCCUCACCCACAUUCCUUCGCCAGAUCUAGUUGUCUGUGCAGGCUGGAUGCAUAUUUUGUCGCCGAUUUUCAUCAACGCCUUAGCUGCCGCCCGUGUCCCCGUCAUCAACCUCCAUCCUGCUCUGCCUGGACAAUUUAAUGGUGCGAAUGCCAUCGGACGUGCGUUUGAAGCUUUCAAGAAUGGCGACAUCACCAAGACAGGGGUGAUGGUCCAUUAUGUCGAGGCAGAUGUCGAUAUGGGCCCUCCCAUUCUGGUUAGAGAAGUUCCAUGCCAAACAGGGGACUCUCAAGAAGAUCUAGAAAAGAGAAUACACGACACAGAAUGGAGGUUGAUUGUCGAAGCCACAGGAAAAGUCCUGUCGGACCUGGAAGAAAAGAGGAAGGCGGAGAGCUGA